GCGCUUCCGUAGUCGGGAAGUAGCAGUCUGUUGUUAGCUGUUAGCUCUGGUUGCACAAGGGCAGAUGGUCGUCGGUGUGUCCGAACGUUGUACGUUAUAUUCGAAAAGUUUCACUUUUUUAAGUUACUGUUUAGGAACGUUUCGGUUAUUAACUUCAUCUCGAAGCUGGAGAUGCCUCCUAAACCUCUGGAGCCUCUGGCCAAGAAGCUGAUGAAGGCCGUGAUCGCCCUGGAACUAAUGGGCGUCCUCGGGGCAUACGGCCUCUUCCUCAUGAUGAACAGCAGUCGAGAUUUCAGGAGCACCGUGAAAAGGAGGUUUCCAUCGAUUCUAGAAGUUUACUACAAGUCCAACGAGUGGGCAGGGGUCUACGGCAUUCGAGAGGGAGACCACGAAGCCUGGUCAGCCAAACGGGACUGAAGGGGCCCAACAACUACUUCCUCCUCUUCUUGCUCCCGAACGUCCUGCCUCCUGGCCUGGUCUGGCUGAACCUCUUCUUCCUGUUGAACAUGGUCUUCUUCCGGCGCAGCGUCUUGGCAUCACGGCCAUGGAUCCAGUCGUCACGCUGAGCCUCCCACUUCAGCUGCUUCAGACCUGCAGAGACAAGCAGGAGGUGUCAGAGACGCACUGGCUCUGGCUAUCAUUUGGAUCAGCUGCACAGGAGAGACCUACAGUGUGAAGACGGACCCCAACAUCACACGCCCCCCUCAGCCUGUAAUAACAUUCCCCGCCUGCAGGUGUCCUACCUGCUCUGUCAGUGUUGGCCAUGGCGUUGAGCCCGAUGUUGUCAAACUUGGAGCCGGCGUUCUCAUCCAACAGGGAGCCAAACUGGAACACAACACAUUUAAUAUGCAAAAAUAAAAGCUUUUCAUAUCCAA